AAUUCCCUUGUCUCUUUGAUGGAGACGGUGUUUCAGAAAGGCGGUCUUGCACACGCCUUGCCCCCCGGCAACAGGCCGGUGUUUCUUCUUGCAGCACUUUGGGGUUUGCAGCUGCAGUCGAGCAGAAAGGAACUACUUCCUUUUUCUAUGCUGGUGACAACAGCGCUUGCUGAAUCUGCAGUACACACACAGGGAAGACCCCGGUCACACCCUCCACAUCGCAGCACACCUGUGGGGGUCUAACUGCUGGAUCAUGGCCUUCAGAAUCACAGUUCAAAGGGGGAAAAAAACCAUGGCGGACUCCAGUUUUGAGAAGGAAUUCCUUGAGUCCCACAAUUCCUACCGGCAGAAGCACGGUGCUCCACCGCUGAAGAUGAGCAGGGACCUCUGCAGCUCUGCGCAGGCCUGGGCCGACCGCUUGCUUUCCAUGCAGAAACUGCGGCACAGCGACACAGAGAAUGGGGAGAACCUCUUCUACACCAAGAGCUCUGUCCCUAAGAAGGUUACAGGGAAGGAGGCUGUAGACAACUGGUACAGCGAGAUCAAGAAGUACAACUUCAGCAGACCAGGAUUCGUCUCUGGAACAGGCCAUUUCACCCAGGUGGUGUGGAAGGACUCCAAGGAGGUGGGGGUCGGCCUGGCGACAGACGGAAACACCACCGUUGUCGUAGGCCAGUACCAUCCUGCAGGGAACAUAACUAACACGGGCUACUUUGAGAAGAAUGUCCUGCCCCCAGGAGGAGAAGAAAGCAGGGCAGACGAGCCUCCGAAAGAGUCAGAAAAUAAGCCCUCAUCUACUUACCAGACCACAGACAACCCAGAUGGCCAAUCAAGUGCUUCCUCAAGUUUUGAGAAGGAGUUUCUGGAGUCCCACAAUUCCUACCGGCAGAAGCACGGUGCUCCACCGCUGAAGAUGAGCAGGGACCUCUGCAGCUCUGCGCAGGCCUGGGCCGACCGCUUGCUUUCCAUGCGGACACUGCAGCACAGCAACACAGAGAAUGGGGAGAACCUCUUCUACACCCAGAGCUCCGUCCCUAAGAAGGUUACAGGGAAGGAGGCUGUAGACAACUGGUACAGCGAGAUCAAGAAGUACAACUUCAGCAGACCAGGAUUCGUCUCUGGAACAGGCCAUUUCACCCAGGUGGUGUGGAAGGACUCCAAGGAGGUGGGGGUCGGCCUGGCGACAGACGGAAACACCACCGUUGUCGUAGGCCAGUACCAUCCUGCAGGGAACAUAACUAACACGGGCUACUUUGAGAAGAAUGUCCUGCCCCCAGGAGGAGAAGAAAGCAGGGCAGACGAGCCUCCGAAAGAGUCAGAAAAUAAGCCCUCAUCUACUUACCAGACCACAGACAACCCAGAUGGCCAAUCAAGUGCUUCCUCAAGUUUUGAGAAGGAGUUUCUGGAGUCCCACAAUUCCUACCGGCAGAAGCACGGUGCUCCACCGCUGAAGAUGAGCAGGGACCUCUGCAGCUCUGCGCAGGCCUGGGCCGACCGCUUGCUUUCCAUGCGGACACUGCAGCACAGCAACACAGAGAAUGGGGAGAACCUCUUCUACACCCAGAGCUCCGUCCCUAAGAAGGUUACAGGGAAGGAGGCUGUAGACAACUGGUACAGCGAGAUCAAGAAGUACAACUUCAGCAGACCAGGAUUCGUCUCUGGAACAGGCCAUUUCACCCAGGUGGUGUGGAAGGACUCCAAGGAGGUGGGGGUCGGCCUGGCGACAGACGGAAAAACCACCUUUGUCGUAGGCCAGUACCAUCCUGCAGGGAACAUAACUAACAAGGGCAACUUUGAGAAGAAUGUCUUGCCCCCAGGAAGUUCAAGUGCAGACAAUGAGCUGCAGUUUGAAAAGACCCCAGCACCCAGUAAACAGUCCACCCCACAUCCAGCUGACCCUCGGACCGCUCCUCCCCAGAGCAAUAUUGAAGAGAAUCAAACCACCAGUGACCCUGAUGCAGAAAUAUUCGCUAGAGACUUCCUGCAAGCGUGCAAUAAGUAUCGUUUCACCCAUGGAGCAGCUCCCCUUGUUCUGAGUCCCACUAUAAACAGGGAAGCACAGGAUUGGGCAGAUAAAUUGCUGAAGGAGUCCACACUCAAGCACUCCAACUCCAAACAUGGGGAGAGCAUCUGGGCUAAGACAGGCCCACCAAGCAUCACAGCAACAGGUCAGGAGGUUGUGGAUACAUGGUACAAAGAAGCGGACAACUAUGACUAUUCCAGAUCUGGAGUGCAAAGCAAGACAGAACAUUUCACACAGCUGGUGUGGCGCAGCUCAAAGGAAGUGGGUGUCGGCAGAGCAAAUAAUGGCGAAGGAAAAGUCAUUAUUGUUGCACAGUUUGAGCCGGCAGGCAACAUCACCAACCCAGGGUUCUAUGUUCGUAAUGUGCUUCCAAAGGGGUCUAAGGUCACAGAUAAGCCACCAGAGAAGGAGACUAAGGCAGUCCCAUUGCCAGACAAAGAGCUGGAACACUUCAUCCAAUCUCUGCUGAAGGAGCAGAACCAGUACCGGAAACAACAUGGCGCACAGCCUUUGGUGCAAAGUGCUGCCCUCUCCAAGGAGGCACAGGACUGGGCCAUCCACUUGGUGGGUAUCCAGAUCCUGAAGAACACUGACAAGCAAUAUGGACAGAACAUGUGGUACCGCUGUGGAUCCAACAAGGCCACGCCUGAAGGGUUAGAGGUGGCUGAAUCAUGGUACAAGGAAAGUGCAAAGUAUAGCUUUGAUUCUCCGGGCUUCAAGACUGGCACAGGCAACUUCACCCAGAUGGUGUGGAAGUCUUCUGAGAAGGUGGGCAUUGGCUUGGCCACUGAUGGAAAUGGGCAGUUCAUUUGUGUGGAGUUUUUUGACCCCCCUGGCAACAUCACUAACCCUGGCUAUUUCCGUGACAAUGUCUUGGCUAAGGUGUCACGGGAGCUCUAGUUCAAAAUCUUGGGCAGAUAUCUGAAAAAGGGCAGGGUGUUCUUCUUAUCUUGUUUCAUUUGGUUUUAUAUUUAUAUUUAAAACCAUUGCUUUUUGGUUGAAUGUUUCCAGCUUUAUUUAACCUUAUAAACAGAAGGCAAGAAUUGUUCAUGUAGUAACAAUGGAAAUGUCCAUAAAAAUACCUUCAGUCCUCACCCCUUUUUGCCAAUGCUGCCAUGAGAGUGCAGCAUCGAAUCACUCUUCUAUAACUGAAAGCUUUUUGUUCUCUGUAAUCAGUAGACUUGGUGGGCUCACAAUAAUGCACUUAAUUUGUUAAAUCAAGUA